AUGAUACACUCUGCCACAGGGUACUAGCAAAAGUGUACGUAGCUGAGGAUGAACCUAUUCUUCUUCUGUAGCGUAGCGCAUGUACUUCUCUUUUCAAUUGGCCAAAACAAAAUAAAUAAAUGGAAUUAAUCUGAAGACGUUUACCACAAACGACAAAUUCUUCAAUCUUUUUUCGGUCCUUCAAAUCUCAACCUCACCUUCCACUUUUCACCCUCCUCCUAUCUCCCUUCCAUUCAGACAAACACUUUCUGUUUCAUUCACAACUCAAAACCUCAAUCGCCAUGUCUGACCAAGAAGUCGGCAAAGGGUCUCCAAAAUCUUCUUCUUUGAGUCCCUAUGAAGAAGCUAUGGAGGCCUUGUCGUCUUUGAUCACUAGACGCACUCGGGCUGAUGCUAGCAAUGUGGGGGAUCAGUUUGACCUGUUGUUUGAUUACCUGAAGAUGCUAGAUUUGGAGGAGCCAAUUGCGAAUAUGAAGGUUAUCCAUGUGGCUGGGACCAAAGGGAAGGGAUCUACAUGCACCUUCACAGAAUCUAUAUUACGUAACUGUGGUUUUCGCACCGGACUCUUUACAUCUCCUCAUCUCAUUGAUAUCCGAGAAAGAUUUCGUUUGGAUGGAAAGGAAAUCUGUGAAGAGAAAUUUUUAGCAUAUUUCUGGUGGUGUUAUGACAGACUGAAGGAAAAAACUGAUGAAAACAUUCCAAUGCCCACUUAUUUCCGUUUUCUUGCCUUACUUGGCUUCAAGAUAUUUGCAGCAGAGCAGGUUGAUGUUGCUAUAUUGGAGGUUGGAUUAGGUGGCAAGUAUGAUGCCACAAAUGUGGUUCGGGCCCCUAUUGUGUGUGGAAUAACUUCUCUAGGGUAUGACCACAUGGAGAUUCUUGGGAAUACUCUGGGAGAAAUUGCUGGUGAGAAGGCGGGUAUCUUCAAGAAUGGGAUUCCAGCUUUCACAGUGCCUCAACCUGACGAAGCAAUGCAUGUACUUGAAGAGAAGGCUUCUCAACUAAAUGUAUCUCUUCAAGUGGUUACUCCAUUAGAUGCCCAAUUGCUAAAUGGUUUAAGACUUGGGCUUGAAGGUGAGCACCAAUAUGUAAAUGCUGCUCUUGCCAUUUCACUGUGCUUUACAUGGCUGAAAAGGACUGAGCAUAUUGGAGAUAUCUAUUUGGAACAAACUGACAAGUUGCCAGAGCAGUUCAUAAAAGGUUUAAUCAGUGCAAGUUUGCAAGGAAGGGCACAGAUUGUUCCUGACCAACACCUGAAGGGUGAAAGAUCAAAUAGACUUGUUUUCUUUUUAGAUGGGGCUCACAGUCCUGAAAGCAUGGAAGUGUGUGCAAGGUGGUUUUCUCUGGCCAUUAAAGAGUACAGCCCAGACCAAACCUUGUUUCAUCAGCAACUGGAUAAUUCUAAAUUCUCACAUGAAGUAGUGAAGACGCACAAUGGAGAAAGAGUAUCCCAGGGAAAAUCCACUCCGAUAUUGCUGUUCAAUUGUUUGACUGUCAGGGAUCCGCAGUUGCUUCUUCCUCACUUAAUGAAAACGUGUGCUGAUAACGGUGUCUACUUCAAGAAGGCUCUUUUUGUACCAAGUUUGUCUGUGUUUAAUAAAGUUGGACCCCAGGCUUUUACUCUCACUGAUCCCAAAGUUGAUCUGUCAUGGCAGUUCAAUCUUCAAAGAGUGUGGGAAAAUCUCAUGCAAAGCAGCAAAGCAGGUAAAAACACCGACAUUGUUUCUGAAGAACUAAAAGAUGACAUGGAAACGAGUGCCAGUAACUGUGAACACAGCGCAGUGUUUCCGUCACUGCCAUUGGCAAUCAAAUGGCUUAGGGACAGAGUGCAACAGAAUCAGUCACUUCGUUUACAGGUCCUUGUAACUGGCUCUUUACAUCUUGUUGGGGAUGUGUUGAACUUAGUCAAGAAGUGAUUUUCGUUGGGAGAAUUUGAAGAUUCCUUCAAGAUUGGGUUUCCAUUCUAAAGCUGGGUGAGUUUUCUCUGGCAUUGACACAGUUCAUUGUUGAGCUGGUUGUGCACUUCGGUUCUGAAAAUUCAAUAGUGUGUGCUUGUCAUCAACCCAACGCCAUUGGACAUUCACUUGAUACAUCUACUGCGUUGGUUAAUUUUCUCGUAUUGAUCUUUGCUUCCAAAGAAAUGUACACUCUUACCGUAUGAAGAGCUAAUUUAUUUUGGAAUACCGAAGAAAGUCACAAUUUAACUUA